UCCGUGUGGUUUCACCAGAUGGUGGUUGCCGCACCAUUUUCAAAUUAGUCCUAAAUUUGCAUGCCAUUAGAAAAGUACUUUCUAUGCAAAUUUGUAGGCCUGUAGCUCAAAUAGUUUCUGAGUUGUGGGGGUCUGAAAUUUUCUGAAUUUGGGCUAUAAAAAGCCUCGGAAGCGUUUUUUUUUUUUUUUUUUGCCUCUUUAAGUGGUUAUUUCUCAGCCUCUAGACAUACCAGAGAGCUGUGAGUUGGUAAACAAGGCCUCUGCAUGUAGCUAGUGCCCCACAAACAUCCUCAGGUGUUUCCCUACACUUUGCAGGCCAUGGGGGCUUGCUAAAAAUGCUAAAAAUUAAGAGAUACCUACUCACGAGUGGGGUUUGGGACCAAGCCCCACUCGUGAGUAGGUAUCUCCCUCAAAGUACUAGAAAUACUGCACAGAAGUGUUCUAACACCCCUGGGUUCCAUUCUACACAAACCUGUGUGAUAACUUAGCAAACUGGAGCUUUCUAGGUACCUCAGAUUUAAAAAUAUGAGCUCCCAAAGUUGGACGAGAUUUUUAAUUGGCUAUUUUUGGUGGCAAAAAUCUCAGUGUGGGACAGGUACCAGAGACCCCAAAUUAUUCUACAAGACAGUUCCAUCUGUCUUCUAUCACUGUACAAAAAAGCAGCAGGGUUAUAUUUGUAGUUACUGAGAUAUUCUUACUCAAAAUGGCAUUGGUAAUGUCAAAAUCGUUUUUUGCUUUUCAGUACUUUAAAUUGGGAUACAAGUAUUAGUAGUCAUUCUAAUGGUAGUAUUAUGUAUGUUUUGUUUUUGUUUUUUGAAAUGUUAGUUGUUAAAAGUGACUACCUUCAUAAAGUGUAAUAGUAUAACUUAGGUAUAGGUUCUUUUGCUUGUAACAUGGCAUUGUACAAUUGAAUUUAACAUGUUUAAUCCCACUGCACUGAUACUGUAAAAUUCAAUAUUAUUGUUGUAUUUUUAAAUUAAUCAACCAUAAAAUACUACAGAGCUCACUGAAUUCACAUUACAUGUAAUUUGUAUAUGUAUGUUAUAAUUCCAUAUAUGCAUUACAAAUGGGUGUCAACAUGUCAUUACACUUUUUAAUGUAGCCUUCAUGAUUUUUCUCCGCUUCAAAUGCUGGUCCUGAGCUGAAAUGCACAGCUUGCUCAAAUAUGCUGACCAUGCAAUUCCUUCAAACCAGAACACCUUAAAAAUCAUGUGCCUUCAUAUUUGUCACAUUUUCAAGUCAUUCUGAAGAAGAAAUUUGUGUGUCAACAUGAACUUCACGUUAAUGCAGCCUUGAUGAUUUUUUUCUGUGCUUAAAAUGCUGUUCCUGAGCUGAAAUGCACAGAUAUGAUGUCCAUGCAAAUCUUUCAAACCAAGUCAAGUCAAACUUCAUUUACCUUCAUAUUUAUCACAUUUCAAGUCAUUGUGAAGAAAAAAAUAUUGUGUCAACAUGAACUUCAUGUUAAUACAGCCCUGAUGAUUUUUCUGAGCUUCAAAUGCUGGUCCUGAGCUGAAAUUCACAGUUUGGUCAAAUAUACUGUCUAUGCAUUCCUUCAAUCCAGAACACCUUGAACAUCAUUUGCCUUCAUAUUUCUCGCAUUUCAAGUCAUUCUGAAGAAAAAAAUAUUGUGUCAACAUGAACUUCACGUUAAUGCCGCCCUGAUGAUUUUUCUCAGCUUCAAAUGCUGUUCCUGAGCUGAAAUGCACAAUUUGCUAAAAUAUGCAAUUCCUUCAAACCAGAACACGUUGCACUAGGGUGACCAGACGUCCCUGAAAAUCCGGGACAGUCCCUAAAUUCAGCCGCUUGUCCCGGAUCCCGAAUUUUGCUCUAAUUGUCCCGAAAUUAGCCAUACACCUGUUAUCACGGUCCAAAAACAUGACUGCCGGGCCGCUGCCUGGCCGUCUCGUCUCAGGCCUUCAUGUCUCAGGCCUUCUGCAGCCUGCGCAGUGGUCACUCGCGCAUGAAUUAUGACGUUUGUAUUAUAUUUUUUAUAGGCGCGAAAUGUAUGCUAUGCUAACACACAUUCAUUGUUAAAAUGGAGGUGAACAAUGCUCCGGAAAAAUCUGAUGAACCCCCAGCAAAGAAAAAACGUCUGUGCAAAUACCGAGAGGAAUGGACGAGGAAAUAUACAUGGGUAACGGCUGCAUUUGGGGAUGUAAAUAAGGCGUUCUGUAAAGUGUGCCGAAAAGACUUUAGUAUUUCUCACGGGGGAGAGUCAGACCUCAAGUCUCACGCUAGCGGCAAGCAGCAUGUAAAUAACACUAACGCUGUACAGACCAACACUUUGCUAUCAUCAUUCUUCAAGCCACAGGAUGACUCAGUGUACAGUAAGGUUGCUGCUGCAGAGUUAACUUCUGUAUUUCACUGCGUUUCUCAUCAGCAGUCAUACCGGUCCCUUGACUGCGCAAUGAAACUGACACCAAAACUGUACCAAGAUUCAGCCAUUGCCAAACUCAUAAGCUGUGGUCGCACCAAAGCAGAGGCCCUUGUCACCAAUGUACUGGCUCCUCUUGCAUCUGACUUCACCCAUAGCCUUGGCACAGAGCAGCUCUUUUUUUCUAUCGCUACUGAUGCUUCAAAUAAAGGCAAUGUGAAAACAUUUCCUCUCUCAGUGAGAUUUUGGACCCCAGAGCAAGGCAUUCAGAACAGAGUGCUGGAUUUCUAUGAACAGGCAGAGGAAAGUGCGGAUGCAAUCACUGACAUGUUGUUAAAAAAGUUAAAGGAAAACAACCUCCUCAUCCACAACGUAUCAGCUUUCUCCGCUGAUAAUGCGCCAGUAAAUUAUGGCAAGCGACACUCAGUUUACCAAAAUCUAAAGCAGAAAAACAGCAAGAUCAUCCCAGCAAACUGCCCAGCUCACAUCAUCCACAAUGCAGUUAAAAGGGCCUGCAAUGUGCUACAAGUCGAUGUUGAAAACAUAGUUCUUAAAUCAUUCAACCAUUUCAGCUGCUCCGCAAAAAGAGUUGCCAGUUUAAAAGAAAUGUUUGAAUUUGUUGAUAUGGAGUAUCUUACCUUGUUACGCCACGUCCCCACACGCUGGUUGAGCUUGCUCCCUGCAAUAAAUCGACUGGUGAGCAUCUGGCCUGCUGUGAAAAGUUAUUUUUUGUCGCUGGGCCAGGAGGAAUGCCCCCGUGCCAUUUGGGAUGCGCUCAAGGGGCACGAGCAUGGCGAACAAGAUGAUCCAAAUGAGCUUGAAAUCACGUUCUUCUUCCUUCAGAAUGUUCUCAAAAUAUUCUCCACAGCUGUCCUCAGUCUUGAAAGCAACAGUCUCACUUCAGUUGAGGUAUAUGGAGUGAUGAACGACCUCCGAGUCAAACUGCAGCAGCGCAAAAACGACGCUUUCUUUGGCACAAAAGUGGAUGAUAUUAUGGCUUCCUCUCCCAGCAAUAAAGUUGACCGGCUACGCCAAGAGUUUAGCUCUUUCUUACAAGUUGCUGUGGAUUACUUGGAGAAGUGGUUCGACUUUUCACAAACUGGAUAUCUCUACAAUGUACAGUGUUUAAAUAUCAAGGAACAAAGAGAGAUCAGAUACAGUAAACUUAAAGACGCAGUGUGCGCUCUUAACAUGGAAGAGCAUCUGGACUUGGAUGAGCUCUAUAACGAAAACUGCGCUCUGAAGAAUGUAUUGGCCCAUCUGGACACGAGCAGCAACUCAGUUGGCGAUCUUUGGGCCCAAGUACUGAAGACCCCGUCCACGUUUCCGCAGUUUACAAAAUUAUUGUCCUUCGUCCUCAGCGUUCCUGUGAGCAAUGCUUACUCAGAGCGGGUCUUCUCCAUCAUGAAAGGCGCUUGGACUGACGUGCGAAACAGGUGUUCAAUGGAGCUUGUCCGUGCAGAGAUAAAAAUUAAAAUGAAUCUGGCUAUGACCUGUGCAGAGUUCUACAAAUUCAUCCUGGAGAACAAGAAGGCCCUCUUUGCUGUGAAAUCAUCCGCGAAAUACAGCAACAGCACCGAGUCGUCACAAAAGCCUCCUUCGAGGCAAACAAAUGAAGACAACACCCGUGGCAGCAGAGAUAUGGGAGAAACGUCAUAAUCUAAUAAAAACCGUUGCCAAGAGAUUUUAGUUUAUGAAUUAAUUAGGCCUAUGCUAAGAGUUUAAAUGAAUUAAAAUUACCUUUUUUUUGUUCUGUUUUUAAGCAGGCCUACAAUGAACUGUUUUCAGUUGGGCAACUUGUCAAAAUACAAUGCUUGUUGUUAAAUAAAACUAUAACUUCUAAAGAAAUAAAUGUGUAAAUGUCUUCGAAAUUAAUAAUAAUAAUAAUAAUAAUAAAAUUAAAAAAAAGAAAAAAGAAAAACAGUGUACCCCCCCCCGGCACAGCGUCCCGGAUUUUAGUCAUUGCCAUCUGGUCACCCUACGUUGCACAUAAUUUGCCUUCAUAUGCAACACAUUUCAAGUCAUUACCAAGAAUAAAUUUGUGUGUCAACAUGAACUUCACUUUAAUGCAGCCUCGAUGACUUUACUGUGCUUAAAAUGCUGGUCCUGAUGCACAGUUUGGUAAAGUAUGCUGUCCAUGCAAUUCCUUCAUACCAAGUCAACUCAAACAUCAUUUGCCUUCAUAUUUUAUCACUUUCAAGUUGUUGUGGAGAAAAAAAUAUUGUGUCAACAUGAACUUCACGUUAAUGCAGCCCUGAUUAUUUUUCUGAGCUUCAAAUGCUGUUCCUGAGCUUAAAUGCACAGUUUGCUCAAAUAUGAAAUUCCUUCAAACCAGAACACCUUGAACAUCAUUUGCCUUCAUAUUUAUCGCAUUUCAAGUCAUUCUGAAGAAAAAAAAUAUUGUGUCAACAUGAACUUCACAUUAAUGCAGCCUUGAUGAUUUUUCUCAGCUUCAAAUGCUGUUCCUGAGCUGAAAUGCACAGUUUGGUCAAAUAUGCUGUCCAUGCAAUUCCUUCAAACCAGAACACCUUGAACAAUCAUUUGCCUUCAUAUUUCUCGCAUUUCAAGUCAUUCUGAAGAAAAAAAUAUUGUGUCAACAUGAACUUCACGUUAAUGAAGCCUUGAUGAUUUUUCUGAGCUUCAAAUGCUGUUCUUGAGCUAAAAUGCAAAGUUUGCUCAAAUAUGCAAUUCCUUAAAACCAGAACACCUUGUACAUCAUUUGCCUUCAUAUUUAUCGCAUUUCAAGUCAUUCUGAAGAAGUAAUUUGUGUGUCAACAUGAACUUCACGUUAAAGGAGCCCUGAUGAUUUUUCUCAGCUUCAAAUGCUGUUCCUGAGCUGAAAUGCACAGUUUGGUCAAAUAUGCUGUCCAUGCAAUUCCUUCAAACCAAGUCAACUCAAACAUCAUUUGCCUUCAUAUUUUAAAACUAUCAAGUCAUUCUGAAGAAAAAAAUUAUGUGUCAACAUGAACUUCACGUGAUUGCAGCCCUGAUGAGUUUACUGAGCUUGAAAUGCUGUUCCUGAGCUCAUAUGCACAGUUUGGUCAAAUAUGCUGUCCAUGCAAUUCCUUCAAACAAAAACACUUUUAACAUCAUUUGCCUUCAUAUUUAUCGCAUUUCAAGUCAUUCUGAAGAAGUAAUUUGUGUGUCAACAUGAACUUCACGUUUAUACAGCCCUGAUAAUUUGUCUGUGCUUAAAAUGCUGUUCCUGAGCUGAAAUGCACAGUUUGGUCAAAUACACUGUUAAUGCAUCCCUUCAAACCAGAACACCUUGAACAUCAUUUGCCUUCAUAUUUCUCGCAUUUCAAGUCAUUCUGAAGAAGAAAGUUGUGUGUCAACAUGAACUUCACGUUUAUACAGCCCUGAUGAUUUUUCUGAGCUUCAAAUGCUGGUCCUGAUGCACAGUUUGGUCAAAUAUAAUGUAUAUGCAUUCCUUCAAACCAGAACACCUUGAACAUCAUUUGGCUUCAUAUUUCUCGCAUUUCAAGUCAUUAUGAACAAGUAAUUUGUGUGUCAACAUGAACUUCACGUUAAAGCAGCCCUGAUGAUUUUUCUCAGCUUCAAAUGCUGUUCCUGAGCUGAAAUGCACAGUUUGGUCAAAUAUGCUGUCCAUGCAAUUCCUUCAAACCAAGUCAACUCAAACAUCAUUUGCCUUCAUAUUUUAAAACUAUCAAGUCAUUCUGAAGAAAAAAAUAUUUUGUCAACAUGAACUUCACGUGAUUGCAGCCCUGAUGAGUUUACUGAGCUUGAAAUGCUGUUCCUGAGCUCAUAUGCACAGUUUGGUCAAAUAUGCUGUCCAUGCAAUUCCUUCAAACAAAAACACUUUUAACAUCAUUUGCCUUCAUAUUUAUCGCAUUUCAAGUCAUUCUGAAGAAGUAAUUUGUGUGUCAACAUGAACUUCACCUUAAUUCAGCCCUGAUGAUUUUUUUCAGCUUCAAAUGCUGUUCCUGAGCUCAUAUGCACAGUUUGGUCAAAUAUGCUGUCCAUGCAAUUACUUCACACAAAAACACUUUUAACAUCAUUUGCCUUCAUAUUUAUCGCAUUUCAAGUCAUUCUGAAGAAGUAAUUUGUGUGUCAACAUGAACUUCACGUUAAUACAGCCCUGAUAAUUUGUCUGUGCUUACAAUGCUGUUCCUGAGCUGAAAUGCACAGUUUGGUCAAAUACACUUUAAAUGCAUCCCUUCAAACCAGAACACCUUGAACAUCAUUGGCCUUCAUAUUCCUAGCAUUUCAAGUCAUUCUGAAAAAGUAAUUUGUCUGUCAACAUGAACUUCACGUUAAAGCAGUCCUGAUGAUUUUUUUCAGCUUCAAAUGCUGUUCCUGAGCUCAUAUGCACAGUUUGGUCAAAUAUGCUUUCCAUGCAAUUCCUUCAAACAAAAACUUUUAACAUCAUUUGCCUUCAUAUUUAUCGCAUUUCAAGUCAUUCUGAAGAAGUAAUUUGUGUGUCAACAUGAACUUCACCCUCAUUCAGCCCUGAUGAUUUUUCUCAGCUUCAAAUGCUGUUCCUGAGCUCAUAUGCACAGUUUGGUCAAAUGUGCUGUCCAUGCAAUUCCUUCAAACAAAAACACUUUUAACAUCAUUUGCCUUCAUAUUUAUCGCAUUUCAAGUCAUUCUGAAGAAGUAAUUUGUGUGUCAACAUGAACUUAACACGUUAAAGUACGGCGGCCCGCGGGCGGGCCGUUUUUUUUAUCGGUAUACGCUUUUUUUAAAAUAGAAGGACACUGCAAACACGAUUAUACAAACACUAUACACACAUAGAAAGCUGAGAUUCUCAUGAAUCCGCCGGUAUAAACCACUUUCAGAUGUGAUUACCACAGCGGGUAAUAUAAACACAUUUAUCCAACAAACAACAAGUCAUGUAAACGUGCACAGCUCACCUGUCGACGCAGUUUGGACGCUCGUUUCUGGUCAUAAAAGAAGAUAAUCCACAAAAACCGGCCAGAACCCAAGCUUAGCCAUCCAGAGGAAACAAUCCAGUAUAAUACUUUGGCCAAAACAUGUCUCGAAAUAGGUAAAAAAUCCAGAAAACGAUCGGCUCCGUGCGCGUGCACGCGGCGCGUGGUGGCGCUGUGCGUUUCAUAUUCACUGCAUCUUUCUAUUAUAACUUUAUCAUACACGGUCCUAUUUUCUUUGUUCGCGAUUCAAAAUGGAUACUGGAGGUUUCUCGACCGCUUCAAACCGGACUUCAACCAAUCAGGUGACUCGUUUCCGCCUACUUCGGCGAUUUAGCCAACCAUGGCCGAGUCUGACAGAUAUCGAUUACAUCACUUGAUUGACUUGUUUCUCAGCAAAUCACGCCGGAGGAAACGUUAGAUUGACAGGCCUGGUAGCCAAUGAGCUUGCUGAAUGGCUUGAAUAUAAAUCCCGCCUCUGCCAGCGGCUUUAUAUGAUAUUUCAUUCGUGAGCUCCGGGCUCCACCUGCUGUUUCUCUGUAUUCCUCUCAAUCUGUGUGUGUGAUCGACACUGAAGCCUAUCUGAAGUGAUUUUUUGAGUUCUGUAUGAGUUUUUGGAAUGAAAAUGAAGUGGAAAAUGAAGUGAAAAUGAAUUUAUACCAUUCUGUAGAGAGUGUGCACAGUGUAUAAAGAGUGUAUCCAACAUUGACAGGGGCGGAGCAUAUCAGUACAAAUACAUGUGUGAAACACUCAUUUCUUGUAGUAUUGCUCUGAAAUUUUGACCUGAACUAUGUAAGACCCCAGGCUUUGGCAAUAUUGUGUUUUCAAGCUGUUGCAGUGCUGCCACACUGAUUUUCAGGUGUUUUAUUAGGGAAAAAAUGUAGGCGAGAAAAAAAAUUCAUCCUAAUUCAGUGUGUGCCAACAUGAAAUACUCUGUGCCAGUAGCACCUAGAGUAAUUCUGACUGCACUGGGUGAAAAUUCAGGUUGUCAGCUUUCAAAUGAGACCCCAACCAUGCAUGUACUCCAAACAGUUCAAGAACAGCAUUCAAUUUACUUUCUGUAAAUCUCAGUAGAAAUUUCGGGCGGAAAUUGACCAAACCUUAAAGGGUUUUAAAGCAGCCCUGAUGAUUUUUCUCAGCUUCAAAUGCUGUUCCUGAGCUGAAAUGCACAGUUUGGUCAAAUAUGCUGUCAAUGCAAUUCCUUCAAACCAAGUCAACUCAAACAUCAUUUGCCGUCAUAUUUUAAAAAUAUCAAGUCAUUCUGAAGAAACAAAUUAUGUGUCAACAUGAACUUCACGUUAAAGCAGCCCUGAUGAUUUUUCUCAGCUUCAAAUGCUGUUCCUGAGCUCAUAUGCACAGUUUGGUCAAAUAUGCUGUCCAUGCAAUUCCUUCAAACAAAAACACUUUUAACAUCAUUUGCCUUCAUACUUAUCGCAUUUCAAGUCAUUCUGAAGAAGUAAUUUGUGUGUCAACAUGAACUUCACGUUAAUAAAGCACUGAUAAUUUGUCUGUGCUUAAAAUGCUAUUCCUGAGCUGAAAUGCACAGUUUGGUCAAAUACACUGUAAAUGCAUCCCUUCAAACCAGAACACCUUGAACAUCAUUGGCCUUCAUAUUUCUAGCAUUUCAAGUCAUUCUGAAAAAGUAAUUUGUGUGUCAACAUGAACUUCACGUUAAAGCAGUCCUGAUGAUUUUUCUCAGCUUCAAAUGCUGUUCCUGAGCUCAU